CGUGGACCGCAACCAGCCGUUCACCUUCCAGCUCGGCGUGGGCCAGGUGAUCAAGGGCUGGGACCAGGGCCUGGUGGACAUGUGCCCUGGCGACAAAUACCGCCUCACCAUCCCCCCGGAGCUCGGCUAUGGUGACCGCGGCGCCGGCGACGUCAUUCCACCUGGUGCCACUCUUGUAUUCGAGGUUGAACUUAUUUCCAUUGGUGACUCUCCGCCGGUGGUGAACGUGUUCAAGCAGAUCGAUAGUGACAGCGAUGAACAUCUGUCUAAGGAAGAGGUUCUUGAAUACAUCAAGGUGCAACUGCCAGCUGAGGAGAUUGAAAAUGGCCAGGAUCCUCACAAGAUCACAGAAGAGAUCUUCCACCAUGAGGACAAAGACAGGGAUGGAUACAUCUCCCAUGAGGAGUUCUCGGGACCCAAACAUGAUGAACUCUGAUUUCUUUUAAUACAUUUUAUCCACCCAAUGCCUCCUCAGGGUCUGAUAAAAGAGUAGACAAGGCAGAAUAGAGAAUUUUUUUUUUUUUUUUUUCAAAUUAUUCCCAGACCAUGUAUUCUCAUUAUGCAUGCUCAUUGUUCAUUUUUGAUAGGGGAUUGAUUAGCUAUGAAAACUGCUAGCAGUCUUUUCUAGUGAUAGAUUAUGAAUUGUUUUUGCAUUAGUAUGGUGAUAUUUUAAAAUAGUGGUGGUGGUAAGAAAUGUUAUCUACAGUAAAGUUGUUUUAAUAAUCAGAUCCAGCUAGGGAGGCAAAAGCCAGGCUGUGUUAUACAUCACCAUUAUCAUUAUCCCAUGCCUUCAAUACACUUUUGGGCCCAAGUAACACAUAUUUAUUUCUGUUAUACAUUUCCAAUAUAUUUUAGCACAAGACUGAGAGUCAUCAUGUAAACCAACAUAAUUUAUUUUUAUCAAGUAAACAAAUGCUUGAAUCUUUUUUUAACAAUUCAUGUAAAUAUUGGAACAAAAUUCUGUAUGUACAAGUUUCCAUUAUUUACUAUUGGUUUUAAUUCUAGCACAAAGUGACUGUGAUUUUGCACUGUCCUCGCGCACAAGCCAGUGUCACACUAUGGCUUAAGUCCUAAUAUUUUAAAAGAUUUUAUUAGUGUAUUCAAGUUUUUCAGACAUACCAUAUUUUUAUCAAACAUUUCUAAUUAAUGUUGUUAUAUUUUAUACAAUACUUUAUCAAGUUGAAUAUAUAAUUGCCCUAGAGAUUUUAUCUCCCCAAGAUUGUUAUGAAGGUACUUGUAACAAAGUGCAGCUGCUUAGCUUCGUGCUCCCACGUGAAACUGUCCAUUUCAAGCAUCCCUGCAUUGUCUCAGUAUAGAAGGGAUAUUAGCCACUGUUAUAAGUAGCACUAGAGGUGACCUAGAGAACUAGCACAGGGUUAUUUUUAUAUUUAGAUAUGAUUUGUAUGUGCUCAGCAAACAGGUUGUUGGUGUAUUAUUUCAUGUCAAAAAUGCAAUUGUAAUUAUAAAUAUAAUUACCACUUCUAAAAUGUGCAGAUAU